AUGUCUAGCCCACCCUCAGAAGAUUUUAACAACAAUUUCAGGCCACCAGCGGUGGCACCGUCAGUGUCAGGACAGACAAUUACCAGCCAGUCGGGCAUAAUUCCUGAAUUAACACCUCAAGAAUACCGAGAAGCGAUAUCUUUUCAUGCAAAGCAAACGACUCGGCAGUCUGCUUAUCCCGGCCAGAAUUUUGAAGAUUUAGACCUGUUCUUAGAACGAGGCUUGAUAUCACGAGCUACUCCAACAUGCCUCAGCUCCCAUAUCAAUAGCAGAGGAAAUAUCAGUGCAAGCAGAUCGCCAAGUGUGAACACCCUAGCCUCACCCUCACCGGUGACGCUAUAUACCCUACAGCAUUCAUCAGAACAUCGAACGGCCAACGGCGCAAAUGUGUAUAGAAAAGUCGAGCACCUUGAUACCGCUUCACAAUUAUCCCAACAUCUGCAGUCAACUCCAGCAUUUCCGCGUACUAACAGUGCAACAUCACGGAGAUGCAGCACUACUAAUAACAGCAACAACAAUCAGAACAAAUCCCACGUACUAUUCUUGGCUGGCUACCCAACACCUGAAUGGCUGACCACCAUCGGAUCCUUGAUCCAGGUUGACCCGCAGCACUAUGAGCGCCAUCUCUCAUUCCUAUCUCGACAACCUUAUUAUACAGUUCCAUCCUUACCCUCUACAGAGCAGAAUAUCAUAUUUCUGCGUUUUAUUACCAUUGGCCGCAGGUAUUCAAAAGGAAAUGCUCAGGAACAUAUUGAUCGUUUGCGAGAACACGGGACUACUGAAAUGGAACGGUACCGGCACCACCUGAAACUUAAUCGGGAGGAAAACGUCAAACCUGGUGAUUCAAUUGUAAGGAGGUAUUAUGUGCUCGAUGAUGAGCACUUUGUUAUUGAGCAGGAUAUUUCAGUUUCAUUAAACUUCACCAGCAAGCAAUGGGUUGCGUUGGUGCUCUUUGACUCUGGUAACGACCUUCUGGAGAGCAUCAGAGGGCCCUGGCUCGAUGAAGAUGACCAUGUCGAUCCCCCUGGAACAAGAUGCAAAACCAACUUUCUACCAACAAUACGUCACCGAGCGAAACUCGCACUAAAGUCCAAGAAAUACAUAUUUCCUCAUGAAGAGCAAGGGAAGAGUGGAGAAGCACCACAGGUAGCAUCGCUUCUCAGACGGGACUAUGGAAAAUCGUUGGAUUGGGCGACGAUGAAAUUAGAUCCCUUCUACGCACUGCAUGAGCUUUUUGAGUACUCCGCAGCAUCGGAAUUGCAGUUUCUCAAUCUCGUGGAGAAUAAGCUCGCUUCCGAAACGAACUACGAGGCCCUUCUGGCUACAGAAACCGUCUCGUUAUCAAACUUGCUCUACACGCUUGAAAUCUUACAAGCUCAUUCGCGCCGACUAGCAGAGACUAUUGAGAAGAUCAAAUGCCGAGGUAGUGCCCAAUGGCCACACACACCAGAGAACACAGAAUUAGAAAAAAAGGCCAGAGAGGCGGCCGAUGUUCUCCUUCGAGACUUCAAGUUCCUACAAGCCAAGGCACAUAAUCUAGCACAACGAUGUGAGCGCAGCAUGACGGUAAUCAUGAACAACGCCAACAUUGCCGAGUCCAAGAGAGCAAUCGAGCAGGCCAAGCGCGUCGGCAAGUUGACUAUGCUGGCUUUUUUCUAUGUUCCACUGUCGUUCACGGCGUCGUUCUUUGGCAUGAACUUUGAACAAUUCGCGACUGGACCUUAUCUGGGAAUUUGGGUUUGGUUCGUCGUUACUGUGCCAGUAAUGUUGCUGUCCAUUGCCUUCUAUCAUUGGGAUAUGUCGAAGGCGUUGCGAUAUGGAGCGGAGAUACUGAGUAAGGCGAAGCGAGGUAUCCACGGGUGACGGGGACAGGGUCGUUUGCACCCAUGGAUCUGUUUACUUCAUAUAUUGCUAAUUCGAUCCUUCCAGCACUUAUACUUUGGUUGGCCAUGCGUAUUUGCUUUUGAAUCCGUAUCAUUAGCGCUUGAUAUACUAGAUUUCUAUCAUACUGCCAUUUUUUCCAACCAUGAAAGAAUUUCCUGUUUAGGUAAUAAGU